AAAUUAACUUGCCGUCGAUCCUACGCAAACAACGGUUACCUUCUUCCUCGCUCCCUCCCUCCCUCCCUCUAGGGUUUACACCUGCAACCAACCACCACCAUUCCAAUGGAGGGCUGGGAUCCAACCACCAAGUCAACCCUAACCCAAAUCCCUCUCUUAACCGUCAAAGCCGGCCCUCGCGACGGCGCCGCCUGGACGCAGCGCCUCAAGGAGGAGUACAAAGCGCUGAUCGCCUACACUUCAAUGAACAAAUCCAAAGACAACGACUGGUUCCGCAUCUCCGCCGCCAAUCCGGAAGGUACACGGUGGACUGGAAAGUGCUGGUAUGUGCAUAAUCUGCUCAAGUAUGAGUUUGAUCUCCAGUUUGAUAUUCCGGUGACGUAUCCGGCUACUGCUCCGGAACUUGAGCUGCCGGAGCUUGAUGGAAAGACUCAUAAGAUGUACAGAGGAGGGAAGAUUUGCUUGACGGUGCAUUUCAAGCCACUUUGGGCCAAAAACUCCCCUAGGUUUGGUAUAGCACAUGCUCUUUGUUUGGGCCUUGCACCAUGGCUCGCAGCAGAAAUACCAAUUCUUGUGGAUUCUGGCAUGAUCAAGCAUAAAGACGACGCAGUCUCAACCAGUGAAUCAUAGGAGGAUGUUGUUUCUUAUCGUUAACAGUUUGAUAACAUUACAGUUUCAUGUCCUGAGUUGUCGUUUGGCUGAACAAAAAUAAGUAUAUUGUGCACCAACUGUUUAAUACAAUAAGUAUAUGUAAGACAAGUUCCAAAGUUAUAAUGUAAUGUUGAAAUAGGGUGGAAGUUAGUGUCGAGGGGGCGGUUUGGUAC